AUGGAGAUGAACCAUUCGCAGACCUCGAGCUCGCCACCGGCGAAAAAGAAAGUACAAAUAGAAAGGAUCAUCGAUAUGGAGGACGUAACGGUAUCGAUUCCGAAUAGUUCAAAGCGUACGACCAUGACUUCUCUGCUCUUAACACGAUGGUUGGCGUCGAAGAGCCCGCAUCGUACAGAAGUAGAGACAAAUUGGUCCUCCGACGAUCAAAGUUUGGAAUACGGAACUCCGCCUCCUAUCGAAGAGCCACAUUGCUAUUCUAUGUGUGCCAGCGAGAGCUCUUGUACAGAGGAAAUAAAUUGCACCUUGCAGGUAAACAAAGAUAUAAUCAAGAAUCUAUUAGUGGAGCAUAUGAGACACAUCGGUGGUCGAUUGCAACUCCUUGACGAUCUGGAGGAGAAUAAAAUGGAUCUAAAGAAUCCUGAGCAUUUCGUAAAAUACUAUAAACAACAAGAAGUAAACGCUUUGCUACUUCACGCCAGUUUUCUUGGUCGAAUAGACGCGAUUGCUGGAUUGCACAAGUGCGGAGCGGAUUUAAACCACUCGGAACAAGGGCAAGGACUAACUCCGUUACACUUAUCCGCGUUUAGUAACUCUUUAGAGAGUGUACAAUAUUUGCUCACUAACGGUGCCAACAUUCAUCUGGGACGGACUCAUACACCCUUUCAUUACGCUGCUUUUGGAAAUGCUUUUAAAGUAGCUCAAUAUUUCCUUCAGCUAGGCGUCAGUCAGGAAUCUCCUUGCGGAGAGGAGACCGUGUUACACACUGCGGCCAGAUCAAACGCUUACAACGUAUUAAAGCUACUGGCAUCUAAUAAUCAUACCUUGAAUAAUUUAGACUGUAAUGGGUACGCUGCUAUACACCACGUAGCGGACAGAGGAGAUCCAGCUGGCUUGUUAGUACUACUAGACGCAGGUUGCGAGCUAGAUGUGAUGACUAAAAAAGGUGACACUGCUCUACAUCUCGCAGCGGAAUCUAGUUGUGUGGAAAAUGUCGAUCUGUUGGUAGAAAAAGGUGCAAAUGUUCACUUGAAGAAUCAUAGAGAUCAGACAGCUUUACAUAUAGCUUCUCGAUCUCAUUCCUUGGAAUGCGUGGAAAUAUUGCUAAAGAAAGGUGGCUGUGAUCCUAAUAUCGAAGAUAGCGACGGAAGAACGCCUUUACAUCUCGCAUUAGGUAGAUCGUUGCUAGCUUAUGACGUGACGGAAUUGUUAAUAAUGUGGAAAGCAAAUAUCAAUAAAACCGAUAAAUACGGUUAUACACCGCUUCAUAUCGCUGCUCUGAACGAAUUGUCUCAGUGUGUGGAUAUCCUGAUACUGCAUGGAGCGGAUCUUAGCGCUAGAACGAAAGGUGGGACUAGCGCAUUAUCCAUUAUCUUACGUAAAACGCCGACUUCUUUGAACGUCUUUAAACAAAGAUUAGAUGCCUCGAUAACGCUUCACCAGCAUGGUUCAGCCACUGGAGAGGCGGAGCUUCGUCUCGACUUUCAUCCUCUGCUGAUGCAUCAGCAACAAGGCGAAAUAAGAUAUCUCGGGACAUUCGUGAAAGAAGGAUACAAAGAGAUUCUAGAACAUCCGCUCUGUCAGGCGUUUCUCCAUUUAAAAUGGCAGAAGAUCCGAAAAUAUUACGUGGGCAGGCUAGUCUUCUAUCUAUUUUACGUUCUCAUACUCACAGGAUGGGUAAUGACUGCUUUAGCGCAUAACUGUUACAACGAGUCGCACGGUCAAUUAGACAACACCCAGCCACCAUUAUGUGCAAAUACCACUGGUAUCAACGGGUUUCUUUAUAGGCACCCAGCUUUACUCGAAAUGGAAUGGUAUGCAUUAAUGGUGCUCACGAUUCUCGAAGCAUUUCGCAAAUUGACCAGCAUUCCAACGUAUCCCUCCGUCCGCCAGUUCUUCACGCAGGCCGAAAACAUGGUCGAAUGGUGUGUGAUCCUGAGCGUAUUUGCCACUUCUUUUAUCUAUACGGGCAGAACGUAUGCGUGGCAAAGCCACGUAGGUGCAUUCGCCGUGCUUUGCGGCUGGAGCAACCUUAUGCUAAUGAUAGGACAAUUGCCAAUAUUUGGAGCAUACGUCGCGAUGUUUACCAGUGUUCAAGCACAAGUAUUCAAGCUUUUGUUAGCGUAUGCUUGUCUCUUAGUAGGCUUCACCGCAAGCUUCUGCGUGAUUUUUCCACGUUCGAAAUCGUUUAGUAGCCCUCACAUUGGUCUGAUCAAAGUUUUGGUCAUGAUGACUGGAGAGUUAAAUUUCGAGGACCUGUUCUUUCCUCGAGAAGAAGAUGGGAAAUCGAUCGAUUCAGGCGGUACCUCUUGGAUUCUACUCCAAGUUUCCGCACAGUUGUCAUUCGUGUUGUUUCUUCUGUUCGUUACUAUCGUGUUGAUGAAUCUACUGGUAGGCAUCGCAGUUCACGAUAUAAAAGGACUACAGAAAACGGCGGGACUUGCAAAACUCGUUCGCCAGACGAAGCUUAUUUGCGAUGUCGAAACGGCACUUUUUCUCGGACUGAUACCAAAACGACUAACGAAACUUUUACGAUGGACAGCUCUGCUGCUACCUUCACCCUUGAGAGCAGUUUUAACCGUUCGUCCCCUGAACCCGAGAGAGAGUAGAUUGCCUCGUGAUUUGUUAUCUGCUGCGCACAAGGUCGUAAAGGAUAGGAAAAAUAUGUCUGGAACAUUGUGCAGCAGGAAGAGCAACGCUACUGCAUAUACGUAUUUAAAAAGCGAGCCAUAUUCGACAUUUCGUCGACGUUCUCCGGAAGAAGACGUAUCCGUCGAUGAUUACUCGGUCAAAGGAGAUUUGGCAGAAUUGAAAAAGAUCUGUGAUAAAAACCACCAACUUCUUCAGGAUGUCAUGAUGGCAUUAAUGAAUGACAAGCGCAUCGUUAACAAAGAAAAGGAUGAGAAUAAUUAAGUUUUUACUCUGAGAAUUCUUAGAAUCUUAAUAGCAAAGAUAUAUCGUGUGAAUAAUCUGAGGAAGCUUAAAUCACCCAAUCGACCUUAGAAAUGCAGGAAUUGUGCAUACGUACGCUUAGAAUUUUAAGAGUAAUCCUCAGGCCAUUUUAUAAUACUAUAUUUUUCACAAUCUUGAAGAUUCGCUUAUAGAAGAUGACAAUUACGUGCUUUUAAUAUUCGAAUCAAUGUGUAUCGACUAUCGAGUCCUCGUUAAAAUUUUAUAAAACGCAACAUAAUCUUCUGGCAAUGAGAGAGAAUAUAAAGUGGAAAAUCCAAAUGAUUAAAACGAACGUGUGUAAUCAACAUUGAGGAUCGUUGAUUAAACAUAUGUUUUGCAUAUU